GGAACCACAAAUUUUUCAAUAGACAUGGAGAGGAAUUUUCCCGAGAAAAUUUUCUUGCAAGAAUCUUCUCUUCGUUAUACUCUGGAUUCUAAUUGGAAGGAAACGUUCUCCAUCUACUUUGGCAGUUGACGGAUUCCUUCAAAGUCAAGUCUCUUCUUCCUCACUCGGUGGAUUCAUUGUCUUAUGGUGUCCAUUUUGUGAAAUCUGGCCAUGAGUUUUUGAGUUAUCAGCAAUGAACUUGGAAUUUCUUCGUGAUUUUCCUUGGUUUAGGGCCCGGAGAAGCAAAGAUUUAGGUCCAAUCCUUGAAACUUCAACCGCCAUUGUGGAGCAAGGCCAUCAAAAUACUCGUUUUGAUAUUAAGAUAUGGGGAUUUUCCCUUCUUUCACUUCUUCCUUGGGAAAACAAUGCCAAUGCUGGGGAUAUCAUUAUAGCAAAAACUACUAUUAAUAGAAACUUGAAAAGGCAAGUGAAACAUCGUAGGGCUAUUGAGAACCGUGGUGGAGAAACCCCAUUACGAUUUAAACCAUAUGUUUGUAAAGUUCCGUGGCAUACGGGUGUAAGAGCAUUUCUUUCUCAGCUGUUCCCACGUUAUGGACAUUACUGUGGUCCAAAUUGGUCUAGCGGAAAAGAUAACGGGUCUCUCGUUUGGGAUAAACGACCUAUUGAUUGGCUGGAUUUCUGUUGUUAUUGCCAUGAUAUUGGUUAUGACACUCACAAUCAAGCGGAAUUGUUAAAGGCUGAUUUGGCAUUUCUCGAGUGCUUAGAGAGGCCUAAUAUGGUUACAAAAGGAGAUGCUCAUAUCGCUACUCUUUACCGGACCAUGUGUGUCUCAGGUCUGAAGAAUUUGCUAAUUCCUUAUAGAAGGCAACUUAUUCAGCUUCAGUCUCUCCCUCAGCAACCUGCAAUUCAAUUUGGAUGGCUUAGCAAUGUGAAAUGGUUUUGUUGGAACCUGCAAAGAACUGAAAAAGGGCAUCCCAAGGUCUGAAAAAUACUCUUUGUAGGUACUGCGUUUGCUAUCUGGCAAUCAAAUACAUUUAUCCAUUACAGCGUUUCAUCCGAGCAUCCAUCUCCUGUAUAGAUAUACGUAGUCCCGUCUACUUAUUGUGUAGUAAAUAUAUGUACAUCAUCGAGUUUCGGAUUUCUGGUAACUUCCAGCAUAGGUGUUUCGUUGCUAACAUUUUUGCUACUAUAUCAAUCCUAGUGUAUGGACUAAUGGCAAAGGCUUACUAAAUCCUUGCUAUCUAAGUUAGAAUCUACUAGUGAAAUGAAGAAAGUGAAUGAUGGUAUUGUUCUAUUUGAA